AUGGUCGCUGGACCGGCCGUCUCGGCUUUUGUGACAAGCAUCGUUUUUACGAGUCUUUCUUUCAUAGUUGUUGCGUUGAGGUUGUACACCAGAAUCAUUGUUGUAGGAAAUGUUGGAGUAGACGAUUACUUGAUUCCUGCAGCUUUGGCCGCAUCUAUUGGAUUCUCAGUGGUUGUUAUGCAUCGUAAGCUGCCUCCCCCUCGACCAGAAAACGCAAAGCGACAUGGACACGUGCUUACCUACAGCGCGGCAGAGAUCAAGUUUGGUUUAGGCAUGCCGAUGGCAACAAUUACGCCAGACAAUCUUUGUCUCUGGGCAACAAUUCCCACAUACAACUUGGCGCUCCUGUUCUGCAAGCUUUCUAUCAUUUUCUCGUACCUAAGAGUCUUCAAGGUCGCGACGACGCAGAAGAUCUGCAAGGCAAUGCUCGUCGUCCUCGCAGUUUACGGAGCAUGGACUGUUUUUGGAUCCAUCUUCAUGUGCGUUCCUGUACAGGCUUUCUGGGGUGAUGGCACUGGCAGGUGCAUGGAUCGUUUGGCCUUCUGGUUCUCAAACGCGGCAUUGAAUAUCGCAACGGAUAUAAUCAUUGUCGUUAUCCCGAUCCCCUUGAUCAGAACUUUGCAGAUUUCAAGGAAACAAAAGAUUGCGCUCAUCAUGGUCUUCGCCGUUGGUGGCUUUGUCUGCAUUACCUCCAUCAUCCGCCUUCGAUCUUUGUAUGAGAUCUCUAUCUCUCCAGACACUUCAAGGGACGGAGUCCACAUCGCCACGUGGUCUGGAAUAGAGAUUAAUGUUGCCAUCAUCUGUGCUUCUGCUCCGGCACUCAAGCCACUCAUCGCCAAGGCAUUCCCCAAGUUAUUGGCCAGUACGCAACGCAGCAACAUGCGAUCUGGCCAGCUCUACGGAAGAACCGCUGUCGAGUCCCAUCACAUGCAGUCCAUGAAGAGCCGCACGGGCAAGAAGCCUAGCCACAACAUCGCGAUCGAAACGAAGAUUGAAGUAAUGAGCCACAGUGGGAGUCAGAUGAACCUGGUCAGGACAGGUGGGAACACCACAGUGGCAGAGUGCUACUCAACCGAGGAGCGUCCACCAGCACAGGGCCGAAGCAUGGUUUAA